UCCGAAUCCGAAUAGAAAAAACGGAUUGACCCGGAUCCAACUAAACGGACAGGCCGGCAAUAAAUAGCUUUCUUCUAGUUCUUUCUCUAGCCAAUAUCAGAAGUCGUCCACGUCAAUUCCAGUAUUCGCCGCCCCGUCCAGGCUCAUCGGUCUCUUGACAUACAUUCUUCAAUCUAUUGCAGUUGUAACAUGGCAACAAAGUACAUCAUAGGAUCUCUGGCAGCGUCCUUUGCUGUUGCUUACGCAUGUGACUACAUAAUUGCUGACAAGAAGAUAUUUGGAGGUACCACCCCAGGCACCGUCUCGAACAAGCAAUGGUGGGAAGAGACUGACAAGAAGUUCCAAGCAUGGCCUCGUGUUGCUGGUCCUCCUGUUGUAAUGAACCCCAUCAGUCGCCAGAAUUUUAUUGUCAAGUCCAACCCUUAAAGCUUGAAGGUUGCAUUUCGGUUCAUAUUAUUGGUUAUGUUUUCAUUCCUUGGCAUUGCUUUACUGUACUGUAUCCAAGUGAAACUUGUUAAGCCAUGCUGAUAAUUUUCUCCAUAUAUCACUGAAUAAUGCUGUCAAAUAUUUCUGGUUUAUACACAGUGCUGCAAACUUCAAACUCGUGACAUUUUAAUAAACCAUUGUUGCAGUGAUAUUUUAGGAAGAUACUUGUUAUGUUCAUAUUUGGUCUCGUGAUUCUUAAUUUCAA